UUUUUUUUUGACAAGGUCGUUGGACGACAUGCGAUGUGAUUUAACUGUUUACCUUAUGUGAUGUGGCGGCGAAUAUUUUUUUAGUUUUGAAAAUUUGAUGCAAAAAUUUUAAUAUUAAAAAAAUAUUACAAAAAAUAAAAAAAAUUACCGAUAUGAGGCUGCUAUAUACACUUUGGUUAUUUUACUUGUUAUCAAUUUGUGAAUGUUGGGAUUAUGAUGGCACAGACUUUGAAAUUUUUGACUUGUAUGAAGAAGUUAAUGGGACUUUCUAUGAAUUGCUUGAAAUAAGUCAUGAUGCUAGUGUCAGUGAAAUAAGGAAAGCUUAUAGGCAAAAGAGUUUAGUUCUUCAUCCUGAUAAAAAUUCAGCUGAAGAUGCUGAUCAAAAGUUUAGACAGCUUGUUGCUGUAUAUGAAGUACUGAAGGAUAAAGACAAAAGAGAAAAAUAUGACAAUGUGCUUAAAAAUGGUUUACCCACCUGGAGGCAGCCAGCAUAUUAUUAUAGAAAAUAUAGAAAAAUGGGUACUCUUGAAAUAUCUUUAAUAGUAUCUAUUCUUGUUACUAUUGGACAUUAUUUGACAUGGUUGGUUGCAUACUAUGAAAAAAAGUUUGAAAUGGACGAAGUUUUAAACCCUUUAAGAAAACGACAAGAGAAAAAAAAGGCAAAAGGAAAACUUCCACAAGAAGAUUUGGAUACAGAUAAUAUAUUACAAAAAGAACUUGGUUAUCGAAAACCCACUGGCUGGGACCUACUGCCAUUUGUUAUAUACAGAUUUUUAGUAUACCACAUUUCUAAAAUGCCUUCACACAUCAAAGAAAGAAUCGAUAAAAGAAAAAAAGAAAAAGAGAUGAAAAUAAGAAAGGAAGAAGAAGAGCGUGAAGCUGAAAAAGCAAGAGAAGCUGAAAAACUUCGACCAAAACGUGUUAAAGAGAAGCCCACUCUUCGCGAUGCAUCAGAGUUUGAAAACGAAGAACCUGCCGUGCAGAGUUUACCAAACAGUUAUGAGUUUAAUAACACAGAAUUACGAUCAAGAAAAGACGAAGAGUGGACUGAGGAGGAUUAUGCAUCUUUAGCGAAAGCAAUGUGUAAAUAUCCUGCUGGCACUCUUGGAAGAUGGGAACGAAUUGGUCAUGAUCUUGGUCGCAGAGGAGAUGAGAUUACAAAAAAAGUCAAAGAAAUGAAAAGUACAAUUGCACUGAAUUUACCAAACCCGACCGGAACCGCUGCUUUAUCAUCCAAAAAGAAAACUGCCAUUAAUAUCAGUGAUUCGAUUAUAACAAAAACAAUUGACCGAGAGCUUAAAAAAACAACCAUCAUAAGUGACUCUGAUUUGUAUCAGUCGCAGUAUGAUAUUCCAGAUGACUACGAUGAAGGAAUGCCUUGUGAAGAAGAACCAAUAGAAGUAUACACAACAGUUAAACAAAAGGUAAAAACACGACCUUUAGAAGAUAAACCAUCAGAAGCUCCUGAUAACAUUCCGGUGGUUAAAACUGACAUUGCUGUUGAUUCGUGGACACAAGUACAGCAGAAAUGCUUGGAAGCAGCAAUUUUACAAUUUCCAAAGUCAACUAUAGACCGAUGGUCUUGUAUUGCAAGAGCAGUUCCUGACAAAACAAAAGAACAAUGUAUAGCGCGGUUUAAACUAUUGGCAGAGCAUGUGAAGAAACGAAAUCAAGAUAAUUCUUGCAAAGAAAAUUAGGAACUUAUUUAUUUUUAAAUUGGAAUAAAAUUUGAAUAUAUAA